AACAGAGACGGUGUCUUUAAACUCUUCAGUGGUUAAGAGCCGACGGGAGCUUAGCCGAAGCGGACGACGAAGGCUCGCACGCUCACUCUUUCGCUCGCACGCGCUUUUUUAUUCAUUUCUUCUUCCCCGAAGACUCCUCAGCUUCUCAUUCGCAGGGAUCUCUGAGAUCAGAAGGUCUCGUUUGCGGUGAAGAAUGGCGAUGCUCUAGGGAUUUGAUAGCUCGUUUGAUUUUGUUGUGCAAGGAAAGGAAGAAGAAAAUGAUUAACAAAACGCUCCUUUUGACUUACCUGUACCUGCUAAUCUACAUUUUGCUUUCGUCCGGAGUCAUUUUGUACAACAAGUGGGUUCUGUCUCCGAAAUACUUCAACUUCCCGUUUCCUAUAACGCUUACAAUGAUCCACAUGGGGUUUUCCGGAGCCGUUGCGUUUUUGCUUGUUCGUGUUUUCAAGGUUGUAUCUCCUGUCAAAAUGACAUUUGAAAUAUAUGCAACGUGUGUGAUACCAAUAAGUGCCUUCUUUGCAUCAAGUCUUUGGUUUGGUAACACUGCUUACUUGCACAUUUCUGUGGCCUUCAUCCAGAUGCUCAAAGCCUUAAUGCCUGUGGCAACAUUCAUGAUGGCUGUUAUGUGUGGCACUGACAAGCCAAGGUGUGACGUAUUCUUGAACAUGUUGCUGGUCAGUGUUGGAGUUGUCAUUUCCUCAUAUGGGGAGAUUCAUUUUAAUGUAGUUGGUACAGCUUACCAGGUUACAGGCAUCUUUGCAGAAGCUCUUAGGCUUGUCUUAACACAAGUCCUUCUUCAAAAGAAGGGCUUGACUUUAAAUCCCGUCACCAGCUUAUACUACAUAGCUCCAUGCAGUUUUAUGUUUUUGUUUGUGCCUUGGUACUUACUGGAGAAGCCUGGGAUGCAAGUUUCACAGAAUCAGUUUAACUUCUGGAUCUUUUUCUCCAAUGCUCUUUGUGCUUUGGCCCUGAACUUCUCCAUUUUCUUAGUAAUUGGCAGAACAGGAGCAGUUACCAUUCGGGUAGCUGGUGUUCUGAAAGACUGGAUAUUGAUAGCCCUUUCAACUGUCAUAUUUCCAGAGUCCACAAUAACAGGGCUGAAUAUAAUUGGCUAUGCAAUUGCGCUAUGCGGUGUUGUCAUGUACAAUUACAUAAAGGUCAAGGAUGUUCGAGCAUCUCAACAAUCUGCUGAAGGUCUUCCUGAAAGAAUGACAAAGGAUUGGAAGCUGGAGAAGAAGUCAUCUGACAUAUUUGUGCCUAAUAAUAAUGGUGAUAGCAGCAGGGGAAGCGGUGGGGGUAAUGGUGCUGCCUCCGAUUUGAAUGUUGAUGUAGAAGCACCUCUGCUUUCAACAUCAAGAUUAUCUCAUAUCGGGCGUACACAACUCGUGCGCGAUUCGUGACACAGCCUAAAUGUAGGUGGAUGUUAGAGAAACAAGUAGAUGAGGCCAGUUCAAGUACACCCUACUCCAUUCUUUCCAGUCAAUAGAUUUACGCAUUGAGAGUAAAGGCAAUUCAUUUGUAGCAUUUGUAUUGUUUGUUGAUUUGCCAAUCUUUGAGUUCGGUAAGGACGAAUUGACCAUAAUAUAAUCAAGGCUCUUUGAUUUGGAUAACAAGUUUUUGUAUCUCCCCUUAAAACC